AUGGCGGACGACGGAGCAACAAACGUACCGGUGGUGCCGGCCCAGGAGCAGGCGAAGAAGAAGGAGAAGGCGCCUCUCCACUUUGAGGACGAGGCAGGUCUCUUUAAGACCGUAUGCCGGACCUUUAUGCACAAGAAAAAGUGUACGCGUGCCGGCUGCAAGUUCGUGCACGACAAGCAAUUGUGCCCACAUUAUUGGAAGACAGGCCAGUGCAAAUUCGGCGACGAGUGCCGCAAGAACCACUUUGUUACCCUUCCCGACCCGAACACUAAGGAGACGGCGGAUGCUACAGCUGCUGCCGCCGUCUCGGGCGACGAGGAGCCCGAAAAGAAGAAGAACUCAGCCAAUAAGCCGAGGGACAAGAAGUCCAAUAAUAAAGAGAACAAGCCCAAGACUGGCAAGCCUAGCGACAACAAGGCAACAAGCGACAGACCCAAGGAGGAGGCGGUGCCUGUAGACAAAAACGAUGCCGAGAAGAAGGCCAAGAAGAAAAAGAAGAACGAGCGACGUCAGUCCACCAAGAAGAACACUGAGAGCUUCGCGCCCAUGACCAAGCCUGUCGAUCUGCGCAUCACCUACGAUCUAGGAACGAAGGACGAAAAGUUCUCUACGCCUCUGACCUCACGCGACGUGGUUCUUGUGCCCAACCUCUUCAGUGAUUUCAAAAAGGGUGAACUAUACGCCAAACUCAUGCACGAGCUUGAUAACUGCGGCAUCCCUCGUGAGCAGUUGCUCAAGAUGUGGCACGGCAAUGACAAGAUUGAUGGCACGCAUCUCAUCGUGGAUGACCGCUCCACCUGGAAGGCCAAGUGCCCUACGUUCGAUCUUGUCACGGAUCGACUGAAGAAUUUUUUCAGUCUGGACAUCAAGGCAACGCGCUUCAACUGGUACAAGGACACCUCCCAAUGGAAACCCUUCCACUUUGACGCCGCUGCAGUUAAGCCUCACAUUGCAGCUAUCCAGAACUUCACGGUUGGCAUCUCGUUCGGUGCCACCCGCGACGCUGCCUUUGAACAUGCCGAGACGAAGACGGUGGUGAGCGUGCCGCAGCCGGAUGGAUGCGUGUAUGCUUUCUCCAAGGACACGAACGUGAUUUGGCGCCACGGUAUCUUGCAAGACGUGCCUGUACGGGAGGAAGGCCGCAUCUCGGUCAUCGCGUGGGGAUGGGUGGACAACAUGGCGGAGGUUGCGACUUCAGCUGCGGCAGCGUCGUAG